CGUUUAUCAAUUAGUAGCAUCAAAAUGUUCAGGUUAUUUGUGAUAUGUGUUUUGGCAACGGGAAUAAAGGCUUUAACAGAAGAGCAAAUACAGUUGAUGAAUUCCCUUCAUGCUGAAUGCCAAGGACAAACCGGAGUUUCUGAGGAUGUUAUAAAUCAAGCAAAAGCUGGUGAAUUUCCCCAAGACAACGCUUUGAAAUGUUACAUGAAAUGUGUUUUCGACGAAGUUGGCAUUAUUGGUGAUGAUGGAAAACUGGAUAUUGAAGGAGCCUUGGCUAUAUUACCCGAAGAAAUGAAAGAUGUAGCUACUCCUGUAGUAGUAAAAUGCGAUACUCAAGCUGGAUCUGACAUCUGCGAUGCUAUAUUUAAUACACUAAAAUGUUACUGGGACACCGACAAAAGGGCAUUCUUCUUACCAUAAAGCAGUUUCCUGACGAGGUUAUCUUUUAGUUACAUUAGUUAAUGAACAAUUCCUACCGAUAUAUUACUAGUGUUUUAAUGUGGC